CGGGCGGUUCCCUGCACGCACAGCGGAUGUAGGUCCCAGGGCUGAGCAGAGGGUGCCGGCUCUCGCCACAGCUUCGCUCCCAGGAGAGCCCCCGCGACAGGGCCUGGUGCUGGCGAGAAGGGGCGGCCGGGAGGGCGGGCCGUCCAGCGACUCCAAGGGUUGGGCUCCGGGCCAGCUGGGCGGGGCUCAGCCUCCGAUAUAAGUGAGGAGCGCCCAUCUCGUGGCCACAGUGCUGAAGCUGGCGCGCCUGACUGGACCGCAAGGGGACGGGCACUGAACUUGCAACUCAGGAACCAGAGGGACUGAAGAAGAGGCAAAGGAGCGUUUCUUCCCCCCACUCCCAGGCCCAGCCUCGGAGGAUGCGGCUCCUCGGGAAACUCCGCGCCUCGGCCGCGGGCCGCGCGGCUCUGGAGCCUGCCUUCUCCAACGUGCUCACCCCGGACCGCAUCCCCGAGUUCUGCAUCCCGCCGCGGCUGCCCGCGCCCUGCGCGCCAGUGUCCUCGCCCCAGGCCGCCGCCCUGCCCCGGCGGUGCGCUGCAGAGCCGGACCUUUGGUUUCGAGGAGCCUACGACGGCGCGGGCCGCACGGACUGGGACCCACGCUCGCAGGCCGCGCUCUCGCUGCCGCACCUGCCCCGUGCGCGCACCGCCUACGGCUUCUGCGCGCUACUCGAGAGCCCGCACACCCGCCGCAAGGAGUCGCUCUUCCUUGGGGGCUCGGGCACCGCCCCGCUCCUGCCCGCGCCCCGCCCCCGGGCCCGCACCUUCGGCGGCGGCGGCAGCGGCGAUCCCCUCGCGCCCCCGGGAAGAGUCCCUGCUGCGCCUCCCGUGGCCCCCGCCCGCCCCCUCCCGCCGGUUGCGCUCGCCCCGCGGCCCCACGGCCGCCGCCUCCUGCGCGCUCCCGAGGGGCUGCUGCGCCGCGCACUGCGGGCCGGGAGGAGCCGAGGCCUGGCCCGCGCCCGCUCAGUCUCCAGCGGGGACGGGGAUGACGACGACGACGACGGGCGCCGCUCCGGCUCCUGGUCCCCGGCCCGGGCCCCCGCCACGUCCCCUCCGCGGCCCCCCGACCCUCGGCCCGAGCGCCUGGAGGCUGAGGGCACCGUGACUCUGGACCGCGCCGGCGGCGCCCUGCGCCUGGCCGUCGAGUACAGUCGGGACAGCGGGCGCCUCCGCGUCCGGCUGCUCCGCGCCGAGGACCCGGCCGGAGGGGCCGCCGAGCCCCGCGCCCCCGUCGGCUGCCGCGUCAGCUUCGUUCUGCAGCCGCCGGGCCAGACGCGCCGGCCGCGGGGCGCCGUGGUCCGGCUGAGCCGCCGGGCGGUCUUGGAGCAGGACUUGUGCUUGGACGGGCUCUCGGAGGACGAGGUGCGUCGCCUGGCCGUGCGCGUCAAGGCCGAGAACCGGGGCCGCGGGCUGGAGCGGGGCCGCCUGCUGGGCCAGGGCGAGCUGCUGCUGGGCCCCCUCCUGCUCCUGUGAGGGCGCGCCCUGCCCCUGGGGCCUCUCGGACACCGCCAGACGCUUUGUACCAAAUAAAUGUUAUUUAUUCAUUUUUCUAA